AUCCGCAAGAGUGAAGGGGUGAGAAUGGAGCCCGUGAAUCCACAGGAAUAAUAAGCGUCUCAAACUGCUUUAAAACUUGAACAACUCUAUAAACAAACAUGGAUACAUUUAGACUUCGCUUCAUACUACUCUACUCUUCAAUUCUAAGCGUCGGGGCUCAAUUCACGACAGGUGGCUGUACGUUUGACGAUGGCCCAGCCCAGUGUGACUACCAGCAGGAUCCCUACGAUGACUUUGACUGGACCCAUGUCAGCGCACAGGAAGUGCCAUACUUAUCGUCUGAACUGCCUCAAGGUUCCUACAUGAUGGUGGACUCCUCCCAGCACGACGCCGGAGAGAAGGCACGCAUCCAGCUGCCAGUAAUGAAGGAAAACGACACCCACUGUAUUGACUUCAACUACUUAUUGUACACCCAAGAUGGCUCCAGUCCCGGGACGCUGAACAUCCUGGUGAAGGUCAACAAAGGUCCCAUGGCUAAUCCCAUUUGGAAUGUGACCAGCUACACCGGGAAGGAAUGGCUCCGCGCUGAGCUGGCCGUCAGUACCUUCUGGCCCAACGAGUAUCAGGUCAUAUUUGAGGCGGAGGUCUCUGACGGGAAGACAGGCUUCAUUGCGAUUGAUGACAUCCAGGUUUUGAGCUAUCCAUGUGAUAAAUCGCCUCACUUCCUGCGCCUGGGAGAUGUGGAAGUCAACGCGGGGCAGAACGCUACCUUCCAGUGCAUCGCUACCGGCCGGGAUGCCAACAACAACAAACUGUGGCUGCAGAGGAGAAAUGGGGAGGACAUUCCCGUGGCGUCGACUAAGAACAUCAACCACAGGCGGUUCGCUGCCUCGUUCAGACUGAAGGAAGUGACUAAUCUGGACCAAGACCUUUAUCGAUGUGUCACCCAAUCAGAGAGAGGAUCUGGUGUGUCCAAUUUCGCCGGACUCAUCGUCAGAGAACCCCCGCGGCCUAUCGCACCCCCUCAGCUGCUGGGUGUUGGGCCCACCUACCUUCUGAUCCAGCUCAAUGCCAACUCCAUAUUCGGGGACGGCCCUAUCAUUCUGAAGGAGGUGGAGUAUCGUAUGACAUCAGGGAGCUGGAUAGAGACCCAUGCUGUCAACUCCCCUAACUACAAGCUGUGGCACCUGGACCCAGACACAGAGUACGAGAUCCGUGUGCUGCUCACCAGACCAGGGGAGGGUGGCACCGGCCAGUCUGGACCUCCUCUCAUCACCAGGACCAAGUGUGCCGAGCCGAUGCGGACCCCGAAGAAGCUGAAGAUUGCGGAGACCCAGGCCAGGUUCAUCGCUGUGGACUGGGAGUCUCUGGGCUACAACAUCACCCGCUGCCACACCUUCAACGUCACCAUCUGCUACCAUUACUACAACGCCAACAAUCAGACCAAGGCCGACUGCCUGGACAUGGACCCCAAGGCCCCACGCCACGUGGUGGGCAACCUGCCCCCCAACACCAACGUCAGCCUCAAGAUGAUCCUCACCAACCCCGAGGGACGCAAGGAGAGCGACGAGACCAUCAUCCAGACAGAUGAAGAUGUGCCUGGCCCCGUUCCCAGCCAGUCCAUGAAAGCCACACCGUUUGAGGAUCGGAUCUUCCUCUACUGGAAGGAACCACUGGAGCCCAAUGGGAUCAUCACCCAGUAUGAGAUCAGCUACAGUGGUAUUCGGUCCUUUGACCCCUCGGUGCCGUUACUGCGGCCUCCUCUGAUCGUGUCUCUGCCCUGGAACACUUCUCACCACGUCUUCAACCAGCUCCACCCUGGCACCACCUACCAGUUCAUCAUACGAGCCAGCACCGUCAAGGGCUUCGGGCCCCCAACCACACUCAACAUCACCACCAACAUCUCUGCCCCAACUCUGGAGGAGUAUGAUGGGUCCGAGGCAUUUCUGAAUGAGACGGCCACCACCAUCACGGUCCUACUGAAGCCAGCUCAGGCCAAAGGUGCCCCUAUCAGUGCUUAUCAGAUCGUAGUGGAGGAGCUGAAUCCUCAUCGCACACGCAGGGAGGCCAGCUCCGUGGACUGCUACCAGGUCCCAGUCUCCUUCCACGCCUCCAGUGGCGGUUCACCGUAUUACUUUGCGGCAGAACUCCCGCCUGGGAACCUUCCGGAGCCUUCUCCGUUUACGGUGGGCGACAACAAGACAUACCACGGCUUCUGGAACCCUCCGCUCGCUCCCAGGAAGAACUAUAACAUCUACUUCCAGGCCGUCAGCAGCGUGGAGAAGGAAACAAAAACACAAUGUCUGAGACUUGCAACAAAAGGAGCUACAGAGGAACCAGAGGUGAUCCCGGACCCGGCUAAGCAGACAGACAGGGUGGUGAAGAUCGCUGGCAUCAGUGCUGGGGUGCUGGUGUUUAUCCUGCUGGUGCUGGUAGCCAUUCUUCUGGUCAAGAAGAGGAAACUGGCCAAGAAGCGCAAAGACGCCAUCGGGAACACUCGGCAGGAGAUGACCCACAUGGUGAACGCCAUGGACCGCAGUUAUGCUGAUCAGAGCACGCUCCACGCUGAGGAUCCCAUGGCCGUCACCUUUAUGGACUCGCACAACUUCAGCAACAGAUAUGAGAACCACACUGCGGCUGCUGCUGCAGAGUCCAGUCGGCUGCUGGACGUGCCUCGGUACCACUGUGAGGGGACAGAGUCGCCCUACCAGACCGGUCAGCUGCACCCAGCCAUCAGGGUGGCUGACCUGCUCCAACACAUCAACCUGAUGAAGACCUCCGACAGCUACGGCUUCAAGGAGGAAUAUGAGAGUUUUUUUGAAGGCCAGUCCGCUUCCUGGGACGUGGCAAAGAAAGACACUAACAGAACCAAGAACCGCUAUGGAAACAUCAUUGCAUACGAUCAUUCUAGGGUGAUCCUGCAACCAAUGGAAGACGACCCUUCCUCUGACUACAUCAACGCCAACUACAUUGACGGUUACCAGAGGCCAAGUCACUACAUUGCAACCCAAGGGCCUGUCCAUGAGACAGUCUAUGAUUUCUGGAGGAUGGUCUGGCAAGAGCAGUCUGCCUGUAUCGUCAUGGUCACCAACCUAGUGGAAGUUGGACGGGUGAAGUGUUACAAGUACUGGCCCGAUGAUGCUGAGGUCUAUGGUGAUUUCAAAGUGACAUUUGUGGAGGUGGAGCCCCUUGCUGAAUAUGUGGUCAGAACGUUCACCUUGGAGAGGAGAGGCUUUAACGAGCUGCGGGAGGUGAAGCAGUUUCAUUUCACCGGCUGGCCUGACCACGGAGUGCCCUACCACGCUACAGGCCUCCUCUCCUUCAUCCGCCGGGUCAAAAUGUCCAACCCCCCCAGCGCUGGGCCCAUCGUGGUGCACUGCAGCGCCGGAGCCGGACGCACAGGCUGCUACAUCGUCAUCGACAUCAUGCUGGACAUGGCGGAGAGGGAGGGCGUGGUGGACAUCUACAACUGCGUGAAGGCCCUGCGCUCCAGACGCAUCAACAUGGUACAGACUGAGGAGCAGUACAUCUUUAUCCAUGACGCCAUCCUAGAGGCCUGUCUGUGUGGCGAGACGGCCAUCCCCGCCUGCGAGUACAAAGCAGCUCACUACGACAUGAUCAGGAUAGACUCACAGAGCAACUCCUCACACCUCAAAGACGAAUUCCAGACCCUGAACUCGGUGACCCCUCAGCCGCAGCCAGAGGACUGCAGCAUCGCCCUGCUCCCCAGGAACCACGAGAAGAACCGCUUCAUGGACAUGCUGCCUCCAGACCGCUGUCUGCCCUUUCUGAUCACCAUUGACGGGGAGAGCAGCAACUACAUCAACGCUGCCCUCAUGGAUAGCUACAGACAGCCAGCAGCCUUCAUCGUGACCCAGCACCCUCUGCCCAACACGGUCAAAGACUUCUGGAGGCUGGUGUACGACUACGGCUGCACGUCCCUGGUCAUGCUCAAUGAGAUUGACCUAGCGCAGGGCUGUCCUCAGUAUUGGCCUGAAGAGGGGAUGCUUCGCUACGGUCCUGUCCAAGUUGAAUGUAUGUCCUGCUCCAUGGAUUGUGACGUCAUCAGCCGUCUCUUCAGAAUAUGUAACCUCACCAGACCUCAGGAGGGCUACCUGAUGGUGAGGCAGUUCCAGUACCUGGGCUGGGCCGCCCACAGAGAAGUGCCAGCGUCCAAGCGCUCCUUCCUGAAGCUCAUACUGCAGGUGGACAAGUGGCAGGAGGAGUGUGAGGAGGGAGAGGGACGCACCAUCAUCCACUGCCUGAACGGAGGCGGCCGCAGCGGCAUGUUCUGUGCUAUCAGCAUCGUGUGUGAGAUGAUCAAGAGGCAGAAUGUGGUGGACGUGUUCCACGCCGUCAAGAGCCUGAGGAACAGCAAGCCCAACAUGGUGGACAGCCCGGAGCAGUAUCGUUUCUGCUACGACCUUGCUCUGGAGUUCCUCGAGACAUCUUAGCCAAGAAGACGGGACGAAACAGAACUCCAGAACCUGGUAGCCAUUCCAACACUACAGAUCCUUUGGAGGUGGGCAUCGUUGACUAAGCCUAUACAGACUGCUAUAGAUGGUUUUUGGAUUUUUUUUGAAAACUCUUUAAUGUUUCUAAUUGUACUGGGAGUAUGAUGUGAGUGGUUUGUAAAUGUCUCCAUUGUACUUCGCCGUGUUCAGUGCCAGAGAGACAAGUGUCGGCCACUAGGCCACAUUUGCUUCAAUGUCUUUCGCAGAUUUAGUUAUUUUUUACGUGCAGCCAUUGUAAAAAAAAAAAAAUAUGGGUAACACUAAUGCCAAGGUGUUGCAUGCUAAAAACUUUUUUUUAUUUUUAUUUUUUAUAUUAGCAGCAUUAUUGUCAACGAACAAUAUAUAUCUAUAUAUAGAAGUCAAUCACAAAUGUGAAAGAAAAAAUUACAGCUCUCUAUAAGUGCUGACAUGUGACAUUGGCUUGGUAAUGUUUGUAUCGUGGACUGAUGGCUGACUCAUUUUGUUUUUAUUUUGUAGCAAAUCUUAAUCAUAAGCCAAAGACUUAUGUAAAUAUGUCUAUAUGGAUAAAGCACAUUGUUUGUAUCUAUCGUUUACUUACAUUCCUUUUUGAAGGCUUAAAACAAUCAUCUUCAUUCCAUGUUUACCUAUGCCUUUAAACUGUAAACAUUUAAUGUCGUUUUUUUAAAGUAUUAAGGUAAAUUUCAGUAGUAGUAUCUUAUUUUCAAUGUUUUCUUAUCUUCUGUGUGAUGUUACAGUGGUUAAUUUGUGUAAAACAUGCUUGUGAAUUCUACCCAUGCAGAUAGAAUAUCAGAAGGGCAAGUGACAACCAUGAAAGAGUUCUAUUUUUUUUCUGAUGAUCUUCUAACCUGUAUUGGUAUUUUGGAAAAACAAAAGGAACAUGUUAGAGAAAUAAAAUGAAUUAUAAUCAGUAUUAGAUACAGCUUGUUAAGAUGUAAGCCAACACAGCAGAGGCAUGUGUUGGGGCAGCUAUACUGAUUUGGGACAUGAGUGGACCUCCUGGAGAAAAGGAAACAAGUCAUUAUCGUGUGGAGUUUAGUUAUGUUUCAUAUAUUUUAUUUUUUUUGUCUGUAAUUGUUGGCUUAUUGGCUGUAAUAAAACAUUUAAAUAUUUGAAUAAAAUGUAAUUGUGUAAGACAUCA